AUUAUAAUGGAACCAGAAUCUUUCCAUAAGUGAAGUAAACCAAAUUAAUACCUUUUGUGUUUAAUACGAUAGUUAGUACUGUAUAAAAAAGCCGUGAUUUAUCGUCGAAAGAUCAAUAUGUCUUUUUAAAGGGGCUGUUGGUCGUGCCCAAGUAUUUUCAUAUGACCUCAGAUUUUAUUAUUUCUGCUGCAGGUAGCGUGUACUAUCGUAAAACAAUCUUGAAAAGUGUCUCCGGAAUUUCUUCUUACGAACACUUAUUACUAAACUGAUUAGCAGACGUGAUUAUGACACACGUGUUGUUUUACGAAGGAAUUUGAAUGUCGUAAAUUAAAUCUGUUGUGUAUAUAUCGUAUUAACACAAGCAUAUUGAAGUAUUUUAUGAGCAAUGUUUGGCCUGUCAGAUUCAUCUGGUAGUGCGUUUGAGGACUUAAAGUGAAUUCCUACAAGGUAUUAAACUCUUACUUAAGAAAGCACUUUCGGUGUUUUGUGAAUACUUCAAAGAUAACAAAGUUAUAAGCGAGCAUUUGUCAACAAGAUGUUUAAAGCAAGCGAGUUGGUCAGAGCAAGCCAUGAGAAAGCAGGCGAAACGAAGAAAACCAAUCUUUUAAGAAUGUACACGGACCACUGGCAAACUUUAACUGGGAAGCGAACUAUUCGUAACCAAAGACGCAACUUUGAGGAGAUGCUAAUGGCUGAAAUACCAGGAGCUGUGGAGAAGACGAGCCUUGCAAUGCAUGCUGUACUAGAAUCUGAACUAGACUCUGAUUCUGAGACUGGGUGUAAUCCACGUGCUGGAACAGCAGCCACCCCGUUGACCGUAAGAAAUCAUGCUUUGCUGCAUUACUUUGCCAAUCUGGCGCGGUCAAAUAAUUUCAAUGAUAAGAUGGAUUUCGCAUUUGUCCAGUCCUUGGUAAAGAAUGGGGCGUCAAUAAACACAGCUGAUAAACAUGGACAGACCGUGUUUCAUGAAGUAUCCAGAUCCUGGCAUACCGAUGUCGCUAAAUUUUUGCUGGAUAAUGGUGCUGACUUGAAUAAAGUUGAUAAAUUUGGUCGUUCUCCACUUCACGUUGCAAGCUCUGUGGAUUACGUUGACAUGGUUGAAUUCCUUUUGGAGAAUGGCGCUGAUGUUGCCGCGAAAACGCACGGAGAAUGUCAAACAGCUCUGCAUUUUGCUGCUAAGAAUGAUGCUGUGAAUGCAAUGAAAAUGCUAUUAGCUCAUAAGAGUGAUAUCAAUUGCACAGAUUACAAGGACAGAACUCCUUUGCAGAUUGCAGCAGAACUCAAUCGUGCUAAGUCAGCGACAUUUCUCAUCAAUGCCGGGGCUUCAGCCGCCGUCUGUGACACUCAGGGAAACUCUGUCAUAUCUUUGCUCAUCGAAAGACUUCCUUCUGUGGCGCUGAAAGCUCUGGACCAAUUCCAUCUCAAAGACAGAAUAAAUCGCAAGCAAUUUUUUUACCUCAAUUGUCUCGAACCUCGUCAUAGAGAUGAUGGACCAACCAGAGCGAAAACCGCUCUUGAGGUGGCUGUCCUACACAACCAAUCAGAGAUCUUGUUACAUCCAGUUUUCCAGCGACUUAUCAAUGUCAAGUGGGAGAAAUACGGCAAAAUCCGAGCAUGGGGCGACCUUCUGAUGAAUGUGUUUUAUGCGAUAUUCUGGACCAUCCUCUGCGUGACGCAACCUAAGCACCCACGUGAUCACUACAACCCCCUGGGACAAAAGUGGUGGAGAAUCGUCUUGGAAAUCAUCGUGUUUCUCUUCACGUGCUACGAGGCACGUAAGCAGUUCUUGGAAAUUUACGGCAGUCGAAAGGAGCACCAGUCUUGGAUAGCGUGGAAAACGACAGACCUGUCACGUGACAAAGAGUACUGUCAUCCCCGCUGGCCUGAAGAACUGCGGUAUCUUGAACAGGAGCUGAAAUCGCUACGUGGUCAGCGGGCAUUGCUAUUCAAAGAUGCGUGGAACCAUUUCGAGUGGUUUACAUGUACUAUAUUGUUAGGUACAGUUCUUACCUACAUGGUGAACUAUUUCUAUCAUUCAGACACAGCUUACAGUGUUCAUAUGAGGGUCGCUGUUGGCUUGCUCAUAGCCUUGUGGCUACGGAUAAUGAAAUAUGCACGACCUUUUAGACAAACUGGACCUUUUGUGAUAAUCCUUGGUCAUAUCACAGCAGAUUUCCUGAAGUGGGCUGUGCUCUUCUUUAUCAUUUACAUUCCAUACAGUGCAAGUUUCUGGAUGGUCUUUGGCGGUGUGAGUCCCACUCCAGUUGAGGGAUAUGGUACUGUGUCUGAGCUGCUAUUCAAUGUAUUUCGUAUGACAGUUGUUGAUCAAUAUAACUUUCAUGGACUUUCUCAACAAGAUGCCACAAUGGCGAAGCUACUCUGUGGAACAUACAUUGCGUUAUCAGCCGUGAUUAUUCUGAACAUCCUGAUAGCUUUGCUCUCUCAUACCUUUCAACGUGUUUACGACAACGCCAAGUCUAAUGCAGUAAUGUUGAGAGCGAAGAUCAUUCUCAACUUGGAGCGGUCUCUUAGCAGGCAACGACGAAAGAAAGCUCAUGAAUAUGUCAUCACUCACUGUUCACCAGAAGUGUUGCCGUACGAGGAUGAAUACUGGGAGAACGAGCUGUCCUUUCAAGCAACGAAUAAAAAUAUUUUGACAGAAGUGGAAGAGAUGUUUCAACUGGUCAACGCUAACCUGGGGAAACGCUGUGGUAUGAAGGCAAAAAGUGACUUUGAUUCUAUCAUGGAAAAUGUGAAAAACGUCCGCAAAUCACAACAGGAUCUGCAAGAAGCUUCUCUAAGAAUCCGUGUGCACCUCAUGAAGCUGGAGAAUUUUUUCCACAUGCUGGAUUCUGCCGAGAGCCCAAGAUCGUCUAAAGAGUCCUCAGUAAGAAGUCGAGUGCGUGGAUCGCGCGCAAGUCCACGCGAUAGCCCAUGCAGUUCGGGUGGGAGUCUGCGCUUGUCUGGUGCAAGUCCUUAUGGCUCAAACGCGGGUGUAAAUGACGUUCACAUCAAUCGUCGUAGAGCCAAUGGAGGCCCUCUCGGUUCCCCAGUGACUCUUCGUGUUUCACGCGCGAGCUCCCGCGGAUCGGGCAGCGAAGGCCGUCGGGUAAGCAAAUCAAAGUUCGGGCAGAGAGCCAGCCUGCCGGUUAGAAGAAAAUGCGGUGUUGCCUCUCUUCAACAUGAUCCUGAGAUGUACACUUCGUUUAUGAAGAAGCAAGCGGAGACUUCAUCUUUGAAGAGCUUUCUUGAACGUGGUCAAAAUGAAGCAUCUCAUUCUGUAUUGACAGGACAUUCCUCUUCUGCUGUCAAUAUCGCAACUACUGAACAGGACACAACUAGAAACGAUGGCAAAAAAUUGUCAGAUGGUUUCAACGAAAUUACAGUAAACUCGGAGGAGAGUCAGGAGAGUUCGGUUGAAUCACGUCAGCAUACAGAUACCAUGGUAACGGAACCUCGCAGUUCUGGCAAUAACUCCGACAAGUCGAGUGUGGCCAGUGAAAACUUUCGUCGCAGCGAUAAUGACGAUGAAAACAGGAGAGAAGAAAUUACUAAUUUCGGGUUAAAUUUAGACAAUAGUUCUAUUAAUAACUCUCAAAAAAUAAAAGAAAAACAGUCGUGAAUUUGAACUACGUUUACUCUGAGAUUGUUUAUUAUUACU